GCAGGUGACUGUAGCAGCAGUCUCUCACACCAGCUUCUCCCCCCUGCGCUCUCACACAGUCGCACUAAGCCGAGCAGGUCUGAGAUCUGUGCGCUGAUUGGAGCAGCUGCCGGACAAACCCUUUCCUACCUUAAUCGGCUUUCUUCUCCUGGUCGCGACCCACUUGCAGAUUAAUCACCUUGGGAUCAUUCAGUUUCUCACAGGGAAGACAAGAAAGCUCCAAACUCAUCUUCUCUUUGGCUUCAUUCUUAUGGGUGGCUAACACUAAGCAAGCACUUCUAAGGCUCAGAAAAUAUUUAGGAUUUAACUCCAUGUGGCUUAGAUCUAUAAUGAGGAGUUUGCUGUAUUCAGGUACCUGCUUCCCAGGAGUUUCUCAACCUGCUGCUUUGAGGAUGACAGGUGGAUGCAAUGGGUCCCUGAGGCUUGAAGUUCUCUCCUGAGGUGGCUUUGCUGGACCUGUUUGUUCUUCAUUCUGCUCUGUUAUUUAUUUAGUCUAAACACAGUCUCUAAGAUAAUGGAGAGCAUACCAUAUUCACAUCAAACUAGAAAACAUUAAUGGUGACCAAGUCUCUGAGGACAAACUUUCUUGGACUCAAUGGUAUAGAUGAAGUCUCCUCUGGAAGAGCAGCUUGCUUCCAGAGACAACACAAGGAGAAGGUCUCUGGAUAAGGCAGAACAUAGCAGGUAUCAUUCAGUGUUUGGUGAUACAGAAGGACACUGGGGUGGCGGAGCCAUGGUCCAUAACAUCUCCAACCACACGUCCCACUCAGCAGUGGAUCCUCAUUAUAACUUUCUGGCUUUGGUUUUUGGCUUCAUACUGAUUGUGUGCAUCAUCUGCGGAAAUGUGCUUGUUUGUCUAAGUGUCUGCACAGAGAAAGCACUGAAAACCACCACCAAUUACUUCAUAGUAAGUCUGGCUGUGGCUGACCUGCUCCUGGCUGUGCUAGUGCUCCCCCUCUAUGUGUAUACUGAGUUUGUAGGGGGAGUUUGGACCCUCAGCCUUGUUCUCUGUGAUGUUCUCAUGACCAUGGAUGUCAUGCUGUGUACAGCUUCCAUCUUCAACCUUUGUGCAAUCAGUGUAGACAGGUUCAUUGCGGUGUCCAUCCCAUUGAACUAUAACAGGCGGCAAGUGGACAAUCGCCAGCUUUUCCUCAUCUCCACCACAUGGAUUUUUGCCUUUGCUGUAGCCUCGCCGGUCAUAUUUGGUCUGAACAAUGUAGCAGACAGGGAUCCUACCAUGUGCAAACUGGAAGACAAUAACUAUAUAGUCUACUCGUCUGUAUGCUCCUUUUUUAUACCAUGCCCGAUAAUGCUGGUUCUUUAUUGUGCAAUGUUUCAUGGACUCCGCAAGUGGGAGGAGACCAGAAAGACCAAGUUACGGAGUCACAUGUCCCCUGGACUAAAACCACCACAGUGCCCGGCACUGUUACUUGAUAGGAGUCCCACUGACAGCAAAUUGGAUGAACUGAAUCUCUAUGACCAGGGAGACUGCCCCUUUCCAAAAUCUUAUGUGGACAAUGGCCAUGGAAUACAGACUGUAGCCUACCCCCAUCUCAAAUACUCCACUAACAUGGAACCAGAAAGGAAGCAGGCCAAGAUCAAUGGAAGAGAGCGAAAAGCCAUGAGGGUUCUCCCAGUUGUAGUAGGGGCAUUUCUUUUCUGCUGGACCCCCUUCUUUGUGGUGCACAUCACACGGGCUCUCUGUGAGUCUUGCUACAUACCGGAACAACUUAUCAGCAUCGUCACAUGGUUGGGAUACGUCAACAGUGCCCUGAACCCCGUUAUCUAUACAAUAUUCAACACAGAGUUCAGGAACUACUUUCGCAAAGUGCUUAGGGUAUGCUGCUGACCUAUAGAUGGUGAGUCCAAUACUAAUGCAAGUGUCCUAUGCUUCCACAUCCAACAUAUCAAAACAAUUGUCCUAUUUUGAACUUCACAAAGCUUUCCUUAUCCAUUUGCUCCUUGUGACAGGGAAGCAUGCUUCUACUAGAGUGCUCUCCUUUUAACAGGAAAGUUGGACAUAUCGGGACCCAGAGGAAUCACUUGCCAGAGUACUCCUGAUCGUUGUAAGGGGGAACCAUAUACUGACGUCUUCAGUGAACACAGUAUAUCUACAUGAAUUACAGGCUUGAAGUAUCAACUGACUGUCCUGGAUGUAUUUGGGAAAUCUAUGUCAUUAAACUCUAUAUGCCAAUAUCUAGUAAACCAGUUUUCUCUGAGGACCCUUCCAGUCUCUGAUCCCAGUGUAAUAACCAUACUUUACUUAGCCACUGCUCUCAGCCCAACUCUGCUGUGCAGAACCUGGGAAUGCAUGUAUAUCAACAGCUUGGAACCCACCAAAUAUACCGUAUUGUAAGCACAUCGAUGAGAUGGACAUUAUAUGGAAUGAGAUCCUCAGACCUGUGCAUUGCAAGGCUUGAACUCUAUGCAGAACAAAAGCAGAAUGAUUCUGUAUAGUUAAAUAAACUGAGUAUUUGAUAUAAAAA